UGGUCGGGAUGAAUCUCUGAGUUGGAAGAUCGCUGUUUCUCCAGAAAAUGGGUUCGAUUGUUUUUUUUUUCUUCUACCGAAUUGGUCCCGUCAAGAAAAGUUUCGUCUGCCACUCGGUGAGCUAAUGGCCGUUUGUCCACAUCAUAAUUGACAGUGGGGUCAGCACGUCUAAUUUGCUGUCUGCUGAAGAUUAGCGCUAUUUGUUACUGCCUGCUCUGGAAAUGGUAUUGAUAUGAAAAAAUUAACAAAAAUGUUACUAACCUAUCGAUUUGCUCCAAUUGUGGUAGUUUUUUGUAAUUUACUCGACAAAAGACCCUUGUCAUAGAAAAGGCCGUCGGCAAUAGCAGUUCCCUGUUGAUCUGGAAACGUGCAAUGGAAUCGACUCGGCUCCUCCAGCGUUUAUUGUCGCUGGAACGUGCAGUGGAAUGAAGGGACAAGGCGUCGACUUGGCUCCUCCAGCUUUUAUUGUCGCUGGGUCUUUGAAUCGCGAAGGCGAAGCUCCGGCCUCCUUUAUUUACAUGGAGCAACUUCCCAAUCUGUUCGUUCGACUUCAGCUCUGUUUCUGCUCCGGCAAGCUUUUUGUUUGUCGUCAGUACGUCCUGGUCCUGAAUCCAUUCGUCCGCUCUCCUCUGACGGUCUGGCCUGGCCUCUCUCCAGCACUCAUCCCCGCUUCCUCUGAUCUGCUGCUCCUUGCAGUUCAGGUAGGUGCCUUGUGGUUUGAUUUGCUAAUUUUGGCGCAUGCGGCCGGGAGCAUCUGACAACAACUUCUGAAAUUGCCUUUGUAGCUAGUUGUACCUCACAUCUUCUUAUAUCAUUUGUUUCAUGUACAAAUUCACAGAUGUUUGCUCUUCUCUGUUUCUCUUUCUACAUUGUAGGUCUAAUCUGAGCUUUACAAUGAUGGGCAAGUCCAGCGGUUGCCGAACAUGCAAGAAAUGGGCCGAGCACUACUACUGGGACAUUUCGGACAAUGAAGACAAAUGUUUUUUCAAGGUUAUAAUGGAUGAUCUACAUGAGAUGACAAUACCAGCGAAGUUUGCAGCACGUUUCAAAGGAAAGAUAUCUGGAACAAUCAAAUUGGAAGCACGGAGCGGUAGCAUUUGCGACAUUGCAGUUAAAACAUGCGGUGAUAAAAUGAUCCUUCAAUCUGGAUGGGAGAAAUUUGUCAAUGAGCAUGACUUAGGAAAGGGUGAUUUUCUGGUAUUCAGAUACAACGGAGACUCUCAGUUUAAAGUCGGAAUAUUUGAUCUAAGCGGCUGCGAGAAGGCAUCAUCUUGCGUAAGCAUGAACAACCCUCGUCGUGCCAAGACUGGCAAGAGUUCUUAUGAGCAACAUUCUAGGAAAUCUGUUGACUACACCAUGGAGAAGCGUUCUUCAUCCACUCCCUCAGAGGAACAAGGGGAUGCGUCUUCCUCACAAGAUGAUUUCAGCUCAAACAAUGUUCCUCCAUACGUUGUUGGAUCUUAUCUAACUCAAGUGCAAGAGGAUAAAGUGAAAGAGAUUGUACAAGCUAUCAAUUCCGACAUCCCAAUCCAUGUCACAGUCAUGUUUAAAAGCCAUGUUAACAGACACAAGUGCGGAUUUGAAUUCUUGAAAAGAUUUGGUGAUAAAUACCUGCCACAAGAGAAGCAAAGAGUCCUUCUUCAACUGUGUGGCGAGAGGUGGAAAAUGUGGCUUAAUGCUGCGACGGCCAGCCGCGGCAGAAGGCUUAUGCAUGGAUGGAGACAGUUUGUCAUGGACAAUGACUUGCAGAUUGGUGAUAUCUGCCUCUUUGAUCUGCUCAACGACAAGAAGAUGUGCACGAUUAGUGUCCAUAUUAUCCGCGCUAGGAAGCGUGGCAGACAGUAAUGAUCAAUAAAAAAAAAUAUGCCGGUGGCGAUGGGUUUUGUGGCUACAAUAAUUUAUUUACCAUAGUUACCCUCAAUUGCUGCUAGUGCCCUGCUGGGAAGUGGGCAAUUAGCUGCUUGCUUCGGUUGCCUCUCGAUUAUAAUAAUGGUUACUGCAUCGUAUGUCCGAUGCAUUAUACCUAUGGAUGUAGAGUGAGUCGCAGUGAAUUUCUGUUCAGUCGUGUAGUAACUCUCUUGGAUC